AAUUUUUGUGCGUUCACCCGUUUGCCCAAAGAUGGCAGUUGCAGAGGGAACUGCACGGCAGGUGUCAGUGGCUGAGUUGUCACAGGUUUUCGUCGAGGAGUUGGAGGGGCGCGACGACGAUGCUGACUGGGAGAUCGAGGAUUGGAGCAAAACCCAUGUGGUUCAAGAGUUGCGAAGGCUUGGAGCGAACGCUGAGUCCAUCAAACUGGGAGAUGAGGUUCGUUUGGUGUUCAGUGCGACACUUACGGCCUCGGUAGUCGACUUGUCCCCUGGUGUCGCAGCACAUUUCACAGAGGAUGGGAAACUGGCCUUCCUGGCCUUCAAUGUCUUGGAUGCGCGGGCCGCGCGACGCCUGGCACUGGCCAAGGAGUUCGACGUUUGUCGGAGGAGUUCGAGCCGAGCUAAGCAGAAAAUGCAGCCGACCUUGAAAUGGCCUUGAUCGAGAAUACGGAAUACAGCAAAA